AUGGAAAUCAACUCUUCAUUUCUGGCCGUCUUCACUCUCAUUAAAAACACGCUGGAAGCAACAGUGAACGGAAGACAUCCUACGUGCAAUUUCCUUUUGGAGCUUCAGAGGGACGAAGAAGACUGUUACACCAGGCUUAAGAAGCAAGAACAGUCGGAUUCCAAAGGAUGCAAAGGAUUCUGGGAUAACAUAUCAUGCUGGGAUCGUGCAGAGAUUGGAGAAACGGUCACGAUACCUUGUCCAAGGGUGCUUAAAAGUCUUUUUGGUAGAAAUGGGAACAUCAGCAAAAACUGUACGGCUGAUGGCUGGUCAGAGGUUUUUCCCAACAUAACCAGUGUGUGCGGUUCAGAAGCACGGCAGGACAAGCUGCUGUUUUAUAAGGUGGUGAAGACCCUUUACACUUUGGGACACAGCUUAUCCCUGAUUGCUCUUACAACAGGAAGUGCCAUCCUUUGCCUUUUUAGAAAACUCCACUGCACACGGAACUACAUCCACCUGAAUCUGUUUGCCUCCUUCAUGCUGAGAGCCGUCGCGGUUUUGGUGAAGGACGAUGUUCUUUUCUCGCACAACACGCAGUGCUCCGACCAGCCCUCUCUGAUGGGGUGCAAAGCAAGCCUGGUCAUCUUUCACUACUGCAUCAUGGCCAACUUCUUCUGGCUGCUGGUGGAAGGCCUGUACCUCCACACCCUACUCAUGGUCAUAUUCUCCGAAAACAGACACUUCAACGUCUAUCUCCUCGUUGGAUGGGGAUUCCCAACCGUGUUUGUGUCUGCAUGGAUUAUUGCAAGAAUUUACCUGGAAGACACAGGGUGUUGGGAGGUGAAUGAAAAUGCUAUUCCUAUGUGGGUGAUCAAUGGUCCCAUAGUGUUUUCCAUCACGGUCAACUUUAUUCUGUUUAUCAGCAUAAUAAGAAUCUUGGUUCAAAAGCUGAGAUGUCCUGACGUAGGAGGCAAUGACCAGUCUCAGUACAGGAGAUUGGCCAAAUCUACACUCCUGCUGAUACCCCUGUUCGGAGUGCAUUAUGUGGUGUUCGUCUCUCUCAAUGAAUCCAUGGAAGACUACAAAAUAUUUUUUGAUCUGGCCCUCGGAUCCUUUCAGGGCCUGGUUGUUGCCAUUCUGUACUGUUUUUUGAACAGUGAGGUUCAAGGCGAAAUCAAGAGGAAGUGGCGGAGCUUUUGCCUGAACUGCGACAUGAGCCGCGACUACAGGCGCCACAGCUCGUCCGUCUCCAGGAACGACUCGGAGACCGUGGUGCCGUUCCGCCGAGGGUCCCGGGCCCAGUCCCUCCUCCAGACGGAGACCACCGUCCUGUGA